AUGCAGUCUUUGCUGCACGCAGCCUCGGAGAUGUGCAAUAGGAUAGGUCUUAAAUUCAAACCGAGUAAAUGCUCCACCUUUUCUUUGGAGCGUGGCAAGGUAUUAGAGUCGCAUUUUACGAUUAACGGUGAGCCUAUUAAAUCGCUCACUGACGAGGAGACCUAUGACCACCUAGGGAUACCCACGGGUGCCCGAUUCAACCAGAACCCGAUUGACUCGCUUGAGAGAGCGAUUCAAGACCUGGCGGCCAUUCAUGCCUCACUCCUCGCACCAUGGCAGAAACUCGAGGCUACCUCGGUUUUUGUCGUGUCGCGACCAGACUUCAUCCUUCGGGGUGGUAGAGUCAACAAGACGUCACUGACUCGACUGGACAAGACAGUAAAAAUAUAUGCCAAAAUCUGGAUGUCUCUCUCUCAGAGAGCGAGUGGCUUCUCCCCGUAG